GUUUUGUCAUUUUCGAACGAUUAAUAAAUUGAAAACUUGUAAGGGCAAAUCUAUCUAAGAAUAAUAAUUAAUUAAUUACAACGCACCUAAAAGCAAAAAAGAACUAAUACAAAAUGCCUGUAGAAAACUUGGAAGAACAAGGCUUGGAAAAAAACCCCAACUUGGAAUUGGCCCAGUACAAGUUUUUGCUUACUCUUUCUGAACACAAACAAGAUGCCUCCUUAAAAAAUAAACUGGUGGAAGCCGUUAAAGCAGACAAUAUGGCCCCGUAUUACGAAUACCUUUGCACCGAGCUGGGGUGGACGGUUGAUAAGGAUAUGCUUGCUAAAAUGAAAGAACAAAAUACAAAAGAUUUGGACAAAUUGGAUGAGGCCAUAGAUGACGCAGAGAAAAAUCUAGGCGAAAUGGAGGUUCGAGAGGCAAAUUUGAAAAAGUCUGAAUACUUGUGCCGCAUUGGAGAUAAAGCAGCUGCUGAAACAGCUUUCCGCAAAACAUACGAAAAGACCGUGUCGCUGGGGCAUCGGUUGGACAUCGUAUUCCAUUUGAUUCGUUUGGGUCUUUUUUACUUGGAUCACGAUCUUAUAACCAGAAACAUAGAAAAGGCAAAGUAUUUGAUAGAGGAGGGGGGUGACUGGGAUAGACGUAAUCGUCUCAAGGUAUACCAAGGAGUGUAUUCCGUUGCUGUGCGAGACUUCAAGGCCGCCGCCACCUUCUUUCUGGACACAGUCAGUACGUUUACAUCUUACGAGUUAAUGGACUAUCCUACCUUCGUUCGUUACACCGUUUACGUUGCUAUGAUAGCUUUGCCGCGCAAUGAGCUUCGCGAUAAGGUUAUAAAGGGUGCUGAAAUUCAAGAGGUGUUGCAUGGCCUAACAGAUGUCAAACGUUAUCUUUUCUCCUUGUACAAAUGUCAAUAUGCGGACUUUUUUAAACACUUGGCAGAAGUGGAAGUUAUUCUGCGAACAGAUUACCUAGCCCAUCCUCACUAUCGUUUCUACGUCCGCGAAAUGCGUAUCUUGGCCUACACGCAACUUUUGGAGUCGUAUCGCUCGUUGACCCUUCAAUACAUGGCCGAGGCAUUCGGCGUCAAUGUGGACUACAUCGACCAAGAACUAUCUCGUUUCAUAGCUGCCGGCCGGCUACAUGCUAAAGUCGAUCGUGUAGGUGGCAUAGUUGAAACAAACCGUCCUGACAGCAAGAACUGGCAGUAUCAGGCAACUAUCAAACAGGGCGAUUUGUUGCUCAAUCGCAUACAGAAAUUAAGCCGCGUUAUUAACAUUUAAGAAUCAUUUAUUUUCCCUGUACUCACCAUCAACCAUUAAUGCAGAAACAAAACACCAGAUGUAUAAAUACAUAAUUAUUUACCCCAAAUAAAAAAAGUCUUAACAUUUA